UAUAAUCAAACCCCGCUUAAACGUUCAAAGUACAGCAACAGAGCAACAUGGCGUGCAGUACCAGGGCGAGAGUGAUCGCAUUUAUCGUUGUGUUCGUGAUUGGUGGGGUAUUUGGCCAGUCCCCCUCGACAUCAGUGGGUCCUACCUCAGUAGCAGAACCUGACUCACCAUCACCAUCACCCACUCAGGACACGAUGUCACAAUCUCAAUCACCCGCAAUGUCACAGCUCAUCCCAACACCUUCGAUGUCACAACCCAUGUCACCUCAAACAGCCACGCUUAUAGUGACACAAGUGAUGUUAGAGUCCUCGGUCACACCCACUUCACAAACCAUGUCCCUAUCUCCGUCCAAAACCACGUUACCAACCACGUCACAACCAAUGGAGCCCUCAACAUCACCAACAUCAACUACUGGAAAGCCAGGAAAAGAAGGAGGCAAAGAUAAGGGGACUGGUAUGGAAGAAAUUGAUCGCAAGGUGAUAGUGAUUCUGCUGGCCGUAGCUAUUGCCGUUAUAUUUCUGGGUAUGGUGUCUAUUACUGUAGCUGUUUGCUGUGUACUACGGAAGAUCAAAUAAAGCUUAGGAUAUUAUGGAGAAACAUACUACAAGGCUUCAAAAGAGAAACAGCUGGAGCGACCGAUCAGUAGUUUACUUUGUAAAAUUAUUUUCUUUUCAAACGAUUAGACCUUUGUUUCACUUUAAUUAUCACUUAAAACGAACAUAAAAUGUUCCAAAGAGACAAGUCGAGCGAGUUCUACCAUGAGAUCACGCUUCACGCUUCACUUUUCGUUUUUUAUCUUUUUACCACAGUGAAGAAAAUUAAACAACCUGGAUAGCUUGGUUCCCAGUGCCUCUUUUUAAGGAGCACUAACGGAGAGCACAACAAGUAUUAGAGGUUUUAGUCGGUGCUGACAGUAAUGUCAGCUCGUUGGUUGAUUUACAGUAAAUUACAGCAGUUCAGAUAUUGUAGUGCCUUGGAUAACGUAUCUUAGAGUUCUAUUAAGUAGUUCUGUAACAUUGACAUCGGUAAAACAAAGUUUUCCAAACUGUUUUUAGAAAGUACAUCACAUGGUACAGCUACUGAUUAACUUUGGGUCGCAAAAUCGCAGGAUAAAUAAAGUAACUGUUCAAGUAAACUCCCACCCCCGCUCACUGACAUGUCUUUUGCUCUACAAGGCUUCUUUCUGCCCUCCCCCCCUGAUCGAGAACUCUUAAAUGUCACGUUCGUUGCCAUCUGUUUGAACGAGAUGGCUUUACAGUACAACAUAUACUUGUACUCUUAAGUCUAUAUAAGCUUUCAUUUUAAGUAACGUCGGUAUUCGACCAAAGGCACGUUUUUACUGUGCAUAAUAAUCAUUAAAUCUAGGUGACAAUUCAAAAGAACAACAACGAUCCCACAAUGCCCUCUGUAAGUUUUAAACAAGCCCUCCCCUCCCCUCCCCUCUCCCUCCACAAUAAGACCCUUUCUGAAAGGCAAGGAAAUUGAUAAAAGCUUCCAAAGGGGGAGGGGGUGCAGGCUUGCUUAGGUUUUUGUAACACUAUCGUUUUCAGGAACAUUGGUAGCCUCUAUGUGAUCGUUAAUGGUUCAGUAAACUGUAAAUUUCGUCGAACUUUUUGAAUGAUAAAUUCAAUGUAAUGUUUCCAAGCUUGUAAUAAAAAGACGUGUGUCUCAGUAA